CCGCUUCACUCUCGAUGCGUUUGCCAGCUACAAUUGACAAACCCGACAACCCGGCCUCUUACUUAUAAUUGCUGUCUAUUAGGCGUUGAUGCCAAUCACUUUAAAUGCUUCUUUGCUAGUGGCCGUGAGGCCGUCAUGAGUACCGACGAGAAGCAUAACCCCUCUCCUCCGAAUCUUUCAUCAAGCCGGUUUAUGCCUCAACCAAAGCAGAGACUGGAUACGAACUGUGAAGCGACUCGUUCUACUGGAAGCCUUAUUUAUAGCAUAAGGAGUGAGGUAUCUGGUAGUAAUUCGAUAUUUAAUAUUGGCGAAGGAAAAAUGGAUGGCGGAGCCCAAUCGAUCUUCAACGAGUUUGUGAUCCCACCCAGAACAUCAUCGAUAAUUCGUCUCCAAUUCAAGUCCCGCUUUCUCCGACAAAGUGAGGCAACACUUUUGGUUGUUGGAAAAAGAGUCGCAUCAGCCCAAGGUGUUACUUUGGUCUUCCAGCUCGUUGGCAAGGUGACAGGUUGCUGA